GCACUCCGCGCAGCCUGAGCGCCUGCGGGGCUCCGCGCCGGGACGGGGCCGCCGGCGGCUGAACCGGCUUCGAGAGGCACCUCUCUGCGCUACCGCCCGGCUAUGGGGAAAGGGCUGGAGGGCACGGCGGCCCGCUGCGGGCUGGGAAUGGGAUACCUGCUGCACAGCGUGGUGCUCCCCGCGCUGGCCGUCCUGGGGGCCAGCCGGCCCGGCUCUGCCGCGCAAGAUGAUGAUUUUUUUCAUGAACUUCCAGAAACUUUUCCUUCUGAUCCUCCAGAGCCAUUGCCCCACUUUCUCAUUGAACCUGAAGAAGCUUACAUAGUGAAAAACAAGCCUGUGAAUCUGUACUGCAAAGCAAGCCCAGCCACACAGAUCUAUUUUAAGUGCAACAGCGAAUGGGUUCAUCAGAAGGACCACGUGGUGGAUGAGAGAGUAGAUGAAACCUCUGGUCUGAUUGUCCGUGAGGUGAGCAUCGAGAUUUCCCGUCAGCAGGUGGAGGAGCUCUUUGGGCCCGAGGACUACUGGUGCCAGUGCGUCGCCUGGAGCUCAGCUGGCACCACCAAGAGCCGCAAGGCCUAUGUCCGCAUUGCAUAUCUCAGGAAGACUUUUGAGCAGGAGCCCCUGGGGAAAGAAGUAUCCCUGGAGCAAGAGGUCCUGCUCCAGUGCCGUCCUCCUGAAGGCAUUCCGGUAGCUGAGGUGGAGUGGCUGAAGAAUGAAGAGGUGAUUGAUCCUGUGGAAGACCGAAAUUUUUACAUCACCAUUGAUCACAACCUGAUCAUCAAGCAAGCCCGGCUUUCUGACACAGCCAACUACACUUGUGUUGCCAAAAACAUUGUGGCCAAAAGGAAAAGCACUACAGCAACUGUGAUCGUCUAUGUGAAUGGAGGCUGGUCUACCUGGACUGAGUGGUCGGUGUGCAACAGCCGCUGUGGGAGAGGCUUCCAGAAGCGCACAAGGACUUGCACUAACCCUGCCCCACUCAAUGGGGGGGCCUUCUGUGAGGGGCAAAACGUUCAGAAAAUAGCUUGCACCACCCUGUGUCCAGUGGAUGGCAAAUGGACGUCCUGGAGCAAGUGGUCCACUUGUGGCACAGAGUGUACCCACUGGCGCCGGAGGGAGUGCACAGCCCCGGCCCCGAAGAAUGGAGGCAAGGACUGCGAGGGACUGGUGCUACAGUCCAAGAACUGCACCGACGGGCUCUGCAUGCAGGGUUUCAUUUAUCCUAUUUCAACUGAACAGAGAACCCAGAAUGAAUAUGGAUUUUCUUCUGCACCUGACUCGGAUGAUGUUGCUCUCUACGUGGGGAUUGUCAUUGCUGUGAUCGUGUGCCUGGCUAUUUCUGUGGUUGUGGCCCUGUUUGUCUAUCGCAAGAACCACCGUGAUUUUGAGUCAGAUAUUAUCGACUCGUCGGCGCUAAAUGGGGGAUUUCAGCCUGUUAACAUCAAGGCUGCAAGGCAAGACCUCUUGGCAGUGCCACCAGACCUCACUUCUGCUGCAGCCAUGUACAGGGGUCCUGUGUAUGCCUUGCAUGAUGUCUCUGAUAAAAUUCCAAUGACCAAUUCUCCGAUCCUGGACCCACUGCCCAAUCUGAAGAUCAAAGUUUAUAACACCUCUGGAGCAGUCACCCCCCAGGAUGAACUCUCUGACUUCUCCUCCAAGCUGUCCCCACAGAUUACUCAGUCUCUGUUAGAGAAUGAGACAUUGAAUGUGAAGAACCAAAGCCUUGCACGGCAAGCAGACCCAUCCUGCACUGUAUUCGGGACCUUCAACUCCUUAGGGGGCCACCUAGUAAUUCCCAAUUCAGGAGUGAGUUUGCUGAUCCCAGCAGGGGCUGUUCCCCAAGGAAGAGUCUAUGAAAUGUAUGUGACAGUCCACAGGAAGGAGAGCAUGAGACCACCUAUAGAAGACAGUCAGACGCUGCUGACACCAGUGGUGAGCUGUGGCCCACCAGGAGCGCUGCUGACACGACCCGUUGUGCUGACCAUGCACCACUGUGCUGAGCCCAACAUGGAUGACUGGCAGAUCCAGCUCAAGCACCAGGCAGCCCAAGGACCAUGGGAGGAUGUAGUGGUGGUUGGGGAGGAAAACUUCACCACUCCAUGCUAUAUUCAGCUGGAUCCAGAGGCCUGCCAUAUCCUGACAGAGACCCUCAGCACGUACGCCUUGGUAGGACAGUCCAUCACCAAAGCAGCAGCCAAACGUCUCAAACUGGCCAUCUUUGGACCACUGUCCUGCUCCUCACUGGAGUACAGCAUCCGCGUCUACUGCCUUGAUGACACACAGGAUGCCCUGAAGGAGGUCCUCCAGCUUGAGCGGCAAAUGGAUGGACAGCUGUUGGAGGAACCAAAAACUUUGCAUUUUAAGGGAAGUACCCACAAUCUCCGCUUAUCCAUUCAUGACAUUGCCCACUCUCUCUGGAAGAGCAAACUGCUGGCUAAAUACCAGGAGAUUUCUUUUUACCACAUCUGGAGUGGAUGCCAGAGGAACCUGCACUGCACCUUCACGCUGGAACGAUUCAGCCUCAAUACCCUGGAGCUCGUCUGCAAACUCUGUGUGCGACAAGUCGAAGGAGAAGGGCAGAUCUUCCAGCUCAACUGCUCAGUAUCAGAGGAACCCACUGGCACUGAUUAUCCCAUCAUGGACUCAGCAGGCAGCAUCACAACAAUAGUUGGGCCCAACGCUUUCAGCAUCCCACUCCCAAUAAGGCAGAAGCUCUGCAGCAGCCUGGAUGCACCCCAGACCCGGGGCCAUGACUGGAGGAUGUUGGCCCACAAGCUGAAACUGGACAGGUACCUAAAUUAUUUUGCUACAAAAUCAAGUCCCACCGGGGUGAUUCUGGAUCUCUGGGAAGCCCAGAAUUUCCCUGAUGGCAACCUGAGCAUGCUGGCAGCAGUGCUAGAAGAAAUGGGACGACACGAAACCAUCGUUUCUUUGGCAGCAGAAGGAAAUUACUGAUGCAGCCUUGGCGUGAACAGGAAGGACAAAUACAGGGAGCGGUAAUGCCCCAUUAUUGCAAGUGUUCGAAAUGAAAACCCAGACCAAUGAGUUACAUAAGAGACAUUUCAGAGAAGAAAGCAAGCAAACAAACAGAAAAAUACACAGCCCUGACCUUCACAUGUGCUCUCCUUGUACAUUAUCACAGGAUCUAAAAGAAAUCAUGCAAAGUUGUACCUUGAAAAUAUAAAUCAACCUAAUGUUCCUCUUGGCUUGGCUGUACACUGCUUGGUACAGGAUUUUACAGUUUCCUAGGAAACGCUUUUUAUUGCUAUCCAGAUAUAUGGAUAAACUUUCUUAACAAUCCCAGUUUCUAUGGAUGUUGUUUACAUCAAAUUCUGGACAGGGGUAAGGAGACUGUCCAUGGCUCUCUAUAUUUUUUGUUCAAAGCCAUUCUAGACAAGGCUGUGGACAGUUGGUUGUGGCUAUUUCAGAUUAUUGUUUUCUGGUGAAUUCAGAUUUUGGCUACAAUUCUGAAUAUUGAUUGUCUCACAAUGAUCCUCCUGUCAUUAUUCUGUUUCCUAGACCUACCUGUAAAAAAAAAAAAAAAAAAAAAAAAAACCAAACAAAAAAAAUAUCAGUGUUUAAGAGGCAUGCAUCUGGAAAGCAGGUACUCUGGGUGCUAAGCAGGAACACACAUACCAUUCCCAUCUUUUCCCGAAAGGAGCCCCCCACUGAGCUUUGGUGGAAAAUGGCUGUAAGACAGUGGGACUAUAGGGUAGGAGUCAGUUUUCAAUUCAAAGUGUAACAAGACCCUUUCUACCACUUUGCAUAUCCAAUCCCACCAUAUAGCAAUUCAGAGUGGUUAGGGGGAAAAACAAACAAAAAAAGCCUGAAAAAAGAAAGGAGAAUUUGCUAUGAUAAUUAUUUACUUAUUAGUAUCUAGUGCAAGGAUUAUAGUUAUUAAUAUUAUUAUCAUCAUUACUUUAUUUGUAGUUUUGUCAGCAACAGGAUAAGUUGUUCCCAUUUUUAUUGAACCUACUGUCCCCUUCCUGAAGGUCUUCUAAGAAGCUUUCCUCUAUAUGCUGUCCAUUCUCCCCUUCUGUCUGUCAUCCCUCCAGAGACCUCCCCUAGCAAAGAAGGGGUGGUCAUUCCAUGUUAGCCUUGCUGUGCAUAAUGCUUGAUGCAAAAAGGGUAUAAAAACUGGUAAUGCUUCACUGAAGACAGUAAUCUGAACCUAGUGGGGAUGUUUGGCAUCUGCCUAGUCUGCUAGUACUCCAAGAAACAAUCUGGUUUGUAGAUGCCUGCAAUGGUGCUGCUUGGCCAGUCCCAUCCAGUCUCCCAAGCCGAAUACACAGACCCUCUGGUUCAGAAGAACAAGUGCAAGGGUAUGGAGGCACUGAUGCUGAGUACCUGAUUUGUGUGUCCACUGCAUGAGGCUCACUCAGCACAUCUCUUACUCUCCUCUUGAGCUGGAAGCCAUGGCAAGUAUCGAGUGGUGAAGUGGUCAACCCAUGCCUUGCAGCUUUUUGCCUGCAGCCCCUCUGCAUGGGCAGUGUGGUGCGGUCCCUGCUAGCCUGUUGGGUACAUUUAGUUCUCUGCUACACCCCUCUUGGCUGCUGCAAGCCGGUGGAAUGGGAAUUUGACAAAAGGACCUAAUUUUUUUAUUAUUUCUAUCAGUUGUUACUGCAAACCUAUUUCAUUUUCUGCUCUGUGAAAAGAUUGACCUUUAAAUACAACACAGCAACAAGA